UCUAAGUUUAUAGUACUGUUAGUAGUAGGCCAAGUGCUACUAACAAGAAAAUUACCCUUUAUAAACGGUCGAACUUAAUCAUUCAGCUGAAGGAAAAAGUUCCAUAGCUAGGCAUAUCCGGACAUCAUCUUUGCGACUAGACCGUCCAUUUGUGUACCUGUCAUUGAGUGUCAAAUGCUUGUCUGAAGGGAGUCAUGCAUUGCUCAUGAAUCCACAGCUCUUGUGCAGUUACGUAAUAGUCACUUAUUAAGUGGGUGAAGAAGCACAAUCUCGGAGGCAUCCGCAAUUUGAAUUCACUGCGCAACCUUUUCAGAAACGGUCAAGAAUGGCAGAAGCAGCUGAAGAAGCUGUCACCUUUCAGCGUCCAAAUUCCACCUAUGAAAAUCUCUCUGCUCGGUUUCUGCAGAAGGACAGGAAUUUCCAACGACAGUAUGCACACCUUUAUGCCGAACGCUUGUGCUCCAUGCGCCGUCGUUUGUUGGAGUCUGCCAAAAGGAAAUGGGGGACUUCUGUUCUGAUGCGCAAGUUGUAUGAACUGAAGACAGAUGAGAAAUGCUGUGUGGUGGGGACAUUAUUCAAGAGUAUGGAGUUGAAGCCGAGUAUCCUCAAGGAGAUCAGUGAAGAUCAUAACUUGGUACCGCAACCUUCAAGAGACAAAUAUAUUGCCGACUCGGACACACUCAUUCUGGAGGAUGAACUGCAGAGGAUAGUACUUGUUGGGAAGCUGGACGUACAGAAGGCAGUCACAGGUGUUGUUAUGGCGGUCAAUGGUCAUGAGAGAGAUGAUGGCAAGUUUGAAGUGGAGGAUUUCUGCACAGCUGACCUGCCAGUUCAGCUCCAUCCCAAGCAACUCAGUGAAGACAGGUAUGUUGUACUGGUGUCUGGCCUGGGUCUAGGGGAGAAGGGCCAUCAUCUCAUGAACCUUCAGCUCCUGCUGGAUCUAAUAACUGGCCAGCUAGGGAGCCCCGAGGAACAAGAAGUCUACUCCAAAGUUGUGCGGGUCAUCAUUGCAGGCAACAGCCUGAGCAAGAGUACACAGCAGGCUGAUGUCCUCAGCACAGCAAAAUAUUUGAGUCGUAAAGUGAAGGCGGGUACCGUUGAGGCAGUGAAGGCAUUGGACGAUGUUUUGGCACAGCUAGCGAGCUGUGUUGCUGUGGAUGUGAUGCCCGGUCCGCAUGAUCCAGCCUUCUGCUUUCUGCCUCAGCAGCCACUGCAUAGGUGUAUGUUCCCGCAGGCGUCUGUCUAUCCCACGAUGCAUUCUGUGACCAAUCCGUACGAAGCAUCCAUUGAUGGUGUCAGGUUCCUUGGGUCUUCGGGUCAGAACAUUACGGACAUAUUCCAGUACACAGACAUGGAAGAUGGCAUUGAGAUCUUGGAGUCAACAUUGAGAGCCAAUCACAUUGCUCCGACAGCUCCAGACACACUUGCCUGUUAUCCCUAUUACAAUGAUGAUCCAUUCAUCGUGUCCGAGUGCCCACAUGUCUACUUUGCUGGCAACCAGACUAAAUUCCAAAGUCGCAUUUGCAAAGGUGAGGCAGGGCAGAAAGUUUUGAUGGUAACAAUCCCCCGAUUCGUCAGCAGUCAUGCGUGUGUGUUGCUCAAUCUGCGUAACCUGCAGUGCACACCUGUUGUCUUCUCAAGUAUUAUUAACUCGGAAAGAGAUGAAUAAUUACUGGACAUUGAUUUCUUGGAGCUCCCACUCUCCAGUUGCAGUGAUAAUUGAAUGAUUUGGCAAAGUGUACAAGCUAAAAUGUUGUGACUUACACUGCUUGUGACUGCAUCUCAAAGGGUUUCUACUCAGUAUGAAACUUGACCCACAAACGUCUAUCAGGUUUGUGAAAUUGGGCUUCAAGAGCAAGUUCUUUUGUCUAAUUUCUAACUGUUUUAGGACUAAAUUCCAGUGUACUAUAUUAACAACCUUACUGUUGAGUCUACCAUUUGCAGACCAGCCUGACGGAGUUGGUUGUGUACUGAGUGGUUUACAGAAGUCACGUCUAUUGCCAAGCGGUCAGAAGUUCAACAAAGUACAAGAUUUCAUAUUUCGUAAUGCAGAUUUGCUCCAAGAAUCCAACAGUAAGCUGCACUAAGAUCCUUUUUGUGGAUACCAGAAUUCAGAUGUUUAAAACAGCAUGUACUGUGUACUUUGUUCACUUGUCAAAUAAAAAAGGUACAUGUAGCUCUAAAGUUUCCUGUUAACUGCAAAGUACACUUUGAUUCACCACUCACCUAUAUAAUUAUGUAUAUACAAAUGUAGAUUUAGUAGUUCAUGUAUCUUGGCUCCACUUAGUAUCUGUAACCACGGCACAAACAAAUUAUUGCCUAAUAUGGCAUGCUGUCAGAUAUCUUCAAGUGGAACAAUUUCAAUAAUUUAUCAAAGUGUUGCAUAGACAAUUCACAAAACUGUUGACCUCAAUAACACCAGUAAUUUAUUGGAAAGGUGUUCUUCGUGUUGUUACAUGUUCUCAAAUGGUUAGCAUAGCAAUUCGUACGUUGAAUACUGUGCCAUCAACGUGUAAUUCUUACUUGUCGAUGGGAAGUGGCUGUUACAUUGCAAACAAUGAAUGAAGACCUUGAAA